GGUUAAUCUUAGCAAAUUCUGGUCUUUUUGGUCACAGCUAUUUGACUCCUUACACCUGGAAUAUUAUACUUGGGUUAUUAUGGAAUUGGAAUUUUCUACCUUUCAGUUCUGGACCCUUUGGAGGUGGUGACUGCGUCAGAUGAAAAAUAAGAUUGUCAGCAAGAAUACUAUUUAAGAUGGUAUUGAAAUCAAAAAACUUUGGGUUUGCUCAAUAGUAUGACCCAAUUUUGUCAUAGACCAUACAGCUUUGUUUCUGCAUGCAGUGUCUGUCUGUGGAGAGACCUUCUGGUAUAUUGGAAAGAAUUGGAAAAGCUGUUUGCUCUGCUAAUUUCAUUGUGUAAAUGAGUUCCCCUUCUUUUGAAACAUUAGCCUUGUGUUAGCAAAACAUAAAAUAGAAGGAAACUCAUUACACACUCUCCUAAUGGUAAGGCAGAACUAAUAAGAGAAUGUGUUUAAAAUUAAUUGUGGGACUGUAAAAAUGAGUGGGUAUGUGAAUAGGCAUGGCAGGGAGGAGAACGAGAGCUUAGCAAUAGUCUUGUUUUCCCAGGAGCCAGCCUGGAUCAUUUGUUGGCAGUACAUAUUGGCUGAAGUCAGUUUUCAUUUCAAGAUGUUUUCUUCCAAUGGGCUUUUGGUGUAGGAUGUCGGAGAACCAAGAACAGGAGGAGGUGAUCACAGUGCGUGUUCAGGACCCCCGAGUGCAGAAUGAGGGCUCCUGGAAUUCUUAUGUGGAUUAUAAAAUAUUCCUUCAUACAAACAGUAAGGCCUUUACUGCCAAGACUUCCUGUGUUCGGCGUCGCUACCGUGAGUUCGUGUGGCUGAGAAAGCAGCUACAGAGAAAUGCUGGUUUGGUGCCUGUACCUGAACUUCCUGGGAAGUCAACCUUCUUUGGCAGCUCAGAUGAGUUCAUUGAGAAGCGACGACAAGGUCUGCAGCACUUCCUUGAAAAGGUCCUGCAAAGCGUGGUUCUCCUAUCAGACAGCCAGUUGCAUCUCUUCUUGCAAAGCCAGCUCUCGGUGCCUGAGAUAGAAGCCUGUGUCCAGGGCCGAAGCUCCGUGACUGUUUCUGAUGCCAUUCUUCAUUAUGCUAUGUCAAACUGCGGCUGGGCCCAGGAAGAGAGGCAGAACUCUUCUCACCUGGCUAAAGGAGACCAGCCUAAGAGUUGUUGCUUUCUUCCAAGAGGAGGAAGGAGGAGGAGCUCUCCCUCACCACCACCCAAUGAAGAAAAAGACCAUUUAGAAGUGUGGGCUCCAGUUGUUGACUCUGAGGUUCCUUCCUUGGAAAGUUCUACUCUUCCAUCCCUCUCAUUACCAUCAUGCUGUGAUUUUGCAAGACUUGAUGAGGGAAGCUCUACUCCUCCGUCCGUGAGGAGGGCCACAGGAAGGGACCAUGCUGUGCCUUUGGACCCUGGCCAGUUAGAAACAGUUUUGGAGAAGUGAAUGCUGGUCUGAAUUCUGGGUUUUGUUCUGAAGGAAACAGAGAAGAACCAGGCCAGGAGACUUAGGUGGGAUUGAACACAGGGCCCGUUUAGGGGGAGACUGGGCUAUUUACAGUCACUUCUGCUCAGGUUGGCUGCUCAUAGGUCAUUCAUGACAGCCCCUCCUGCCUCCUCCAGAAGAAUAAACACUGUGCAGAUGUUUCUUAGUUAAGCAUAACGCCCAAGAGCUGUUGAUUUUGAACAGAAACCCUUGUUUACUCUCCUAGGAACUGAGUUUCUUCAUAUGUUUGGUUAUAGGCUUGGGAACACCUCCUUAGGUGACUGGUUUGGGGGACCUGUAAGUGACAGAUUCUAACCUGCUAUAUUGAAUAUUGUCCCAAUAGGAAUGUUUAUGCAGGUGUACUCCCAUUUUGGCUGGCUUCUGUUUUUGCUGUAGGCCCUGAAGCAUUUUGUUUUUGGCCUCUUGCCUACCUCCUUGCAUGGACAGGGCAGUGAAUAUUUACUCUGCUACUUCCUUGCUUUCUUCUUCCACUAAUACCACUAAAUGGAGCUGGUCCUGGGACUUCUGCUGCUAGAGUUUCUGGCCUAUUCCAAGACCUUAGCCAGGCUGAAUGGAAGCCUGGAGGGAAGUGGUUGGCCACAGCCAGAGGGACAGGAAACAGCUCAGGGGCCUUUGUUUUGGGAAAGGCUGUCUGGGGCUUACACUGUCUCUUCUAGUUAUAAAGCAGAGACAUGGCUAUCUUUUUGCAGGCUUAGAGUGGGUUCCUUUCUUUUGAAUCCUUUUCUUCUCCUUUAGUAACAGCUCCCUGCCCCCAAGGCUUCAGCUGGCUGUGUUGUCCCUCUGCUGUGUUGCGAGGAGGCCGUUUGUUCAGUUCAGUGGGGCACAAGGGCUUUGUUUCUGCCUGGAAGAGAGGGCUCUGGGGAUGGAGAUGAGGAACAACACGCCCUCCUUCAGACAAUGAGGCAUUCUGCCCUCCUGCUGCCAUCAUUCCUCUCCACUGAGAGCCAGACCUGGUAGGAGCCCAGUGCUGCAGGCAUUCUGCAUUGCUCUGCUCUAAGGAUUGUGUGUGUGGUUCUUUCCCUCGCACCCACUCCUCCCUUCUGUGACCAUUCCACCCUGUCUGUGGGCUGUUUUACUACGAGCCUAUGCUGUGGGACUGUCAUGGCAUUUAGUUCAGAGUUGAGGGGCGAUGGCCUGAAAUAAAAUGCAAGUAUUUAA